AGUGAGAAUCGUGCGGCUGCGCGUACGUGACGUUCACACUCUGUUCUUCUGCUGGAUAGCAAUGGAUGUGUGCCGGGGAUCAGCGUCCAAAUGGUUUUUCACACGGGAGCAGCUCGAAACCACCCUGUCCCGCCGCUGCGGAAUGGAACCAGACAGAGAACUGUCGUACCGACAGCAAGCCGCAAAUCUCAUUCAGGAUAUGGGCCAGAGACUAAAUGUGUCUCAACUCACAAUAAAUACUGCCAUUGUUUACAUGCACAGAUUUUAUAUGUACCACUCCUUCACCAAAUUCCACAGAAAUACCAUCUCCCCAACAACAUUAUUUCUUGCUGCAAAAGUUGAAGAACAACCACGGAAACUUGAACAUGUAAUUAAAGUUGCACAUGCAUGUUUAAACCCCCAGGAGCCUCCACUGGAUACAAAAAGUAAUGCAUACCUCCAGCAAGCUCAAGAGCUGGUGAUACUUGAAACCAUAGUGCUGCAGACUUUAGGCUUUGAAAUAACAAUUGAACAUCCACAUACUGAUGUGGUGAAAUGUUCCCAGCUAGUGCGAGCAAGCAAGGAUCUGGCACAGACUUCCUAUUUCAUGGCUACCAACAGUCUUCACCUCACCACCUUCUGCCUACAGUACAAGCCCACAGUCAUAGCCUGUGUCUGCAUUCAUCUGGCCUGCAAGUGGUCCAACUGGGAGAUCCCCGUUUCCACCGAUGGAAAGCACUGGUGGGAGUAUGUGGACAGCUCAGUUACACUUGAGCUUCUUGAUGAACUGACCCACGAGUUUCUGCAGAUUCUAGAAAAGACACCCAGCAGGUUAAAGAGAAUUCGGAAUUGGAGGGCUACACAAGCUGCUAAGAAGCCCAAAACUGAUGGUCAGGCCUCAGACAGCAGCUCCUUACCAGGUACCACGUUAACCCAGGACCUAUCCUUGAUGGAUGCCAUUCCCGGGGUCUCUACAAAUACAGCCUUCUCGAAAGCCUCUACUUCUUUUCCAGUGACCCUACCGGGCAACACAAGCAGCUGUCAUUCCCUAGAUUCCAUUGCCAACAUGCAGGGAUCUUCAUAUACUUACACCACCCCCAAUGACUUGCCUCAGGACUUCGUUCGUUCGGACCUAUAUUCUGUCGAACAGUUUACCCCGCACUCCUCUAUGCACCCACAACAGCCUGACAAAAGCGCAGGGUUGAACCCUGCAAAACAAGGACACAAGGCCAGUGGUGUGUCGAAGCACCAGGCCAUAACCUAUCCUCCACCUGCAGCACCCACUCAGAAAAUGUCUCUGGAUAAGUACAGGGAGAAACACGCUGAGCUGGCGGUGCAAAAACGUAGACAAGAGCAGCAGAAUGUGGAGACUGAGGUCAGGGAUAUCUAUGGUACUCCAGUACAGACAGAUCACCGCAAGCACCUGCCCCAACUUUCUCACAUGCAGCAGAGGUUGAGCAACAGUGCUGGAGCCACUACAGCCUCACCCCUAAAGAUGAAGCUGCCUGUACCUGGGCAGGAAAAGCAGGGGGACAAACGAGAGAAGGGGAGCUCCUUAAAACUUCGUCUUCCGGUCCCUCCCCAUAGCGAAAAGGCAGGGUCAAGUAAGGAGGAGCUAAAAAUGAAAAUUAAGUUGUCCUCGGAACAGCAUAGCUCCUCAGAUGAGGGUGCUGCAAAGAGCAAACAUUCCAGCCCACUUGUGAGCAAGGAAAAACACAGAGAACACUCAGCCCAUCGUCACCACCACAAGCACGGCCACUCCCAUUCCCACACACAUAGCGGCAAUGGCAGGAGUGGGCUAGAGGUGCCUGCAGCUGUUUUGGCCCUUCAGAGCCCGGUAGGUCCUGGUGGCGAGGGGUCAAGCUCAGCAUCCAGCUCUGGCUUCUCACGCAAGAGGGUGAACGAAUCCAGCCACAAUCACCACUCCAAAAAGAGCAAAAGCUCCAAAGGCAGCGCAGGUGGGCUAUGGACAUCUCAGCACCCUAGUGAAUCUGCACAGGAAACCAUUGGAGAGCCACGGCCCUGAGAGCGCUGGACUACCUAAUGGCCAACACACAGUCUAUAAUGAUACUUUUGAUAUGUUUGAUUCGCUGUUAUGCGCCCAAAAAAUAAACUCUUGAACCUAUAGGAAAAAAGGAUAAUGUAAAAGAAAAAUCAAGCAUAUGUGUCAUGAUUAAGAAAACAGGAAAGUGAAUGAAAAGAGUAAGAGAAAUAAAAUAAAAAUGGUUUCCCGGUCUUCUGGCAGUUCAGUUCAGUCUGGCCAUCUCUCUGAGAAACUGCUGUUUUGUCCUCCGUAUUCCCUUAUGACCGGUUGGUUUGUAUGCGUGAGCAGGUAUAUGAUUGUUAAAGCUGUUAUAUUACAGAAACAUUUACAAAAUAGUACAAAUCAUUUAUUCUUUACAUGAGACUAAGUAGAAUGAGAGAAGGAAGUUUUCUCAUAGUGAUAAUUUAUAAAACACUCAAGACUGAAAGAACCCUCUAAAAUGACUGACAGUCCUCUCGUUUGUUCAGAGUAUAGUAGAAGGAAAGCAGAAUCAAGCUAUUUUAUUUCCAUAGUUUCUUGAAUAUUUAUUUUUCUUUCCUCUCCAUUUGAUAACUUCUAUAGUGGCUGCAUGUCCAUUUCAAAAGGGAUGAGACCUGUUUACAGAGCGUGAAGAAAUGCAUUCUUGUAUAUUAAUAGCUGUACUAUAACUUCUCAGGUUUUGAGCUGCUUGUUAAAUCUCUCUCUCUCUCUCUCUCUCUCUCUCUCUCUCUCUCUCUCUCUCUCUCUCUCUCUCUCUCUCUCUAUAGUGGGGAGGGCCUUGUGAUAAAAUCUAACAUUGGCCUUUCUAGCUGCAGUCCUCCAGUGUUCUGUACUGCUUCCAGGAACUUGUAGGCAAUCCACACCCUGCCAAAUACCUGGCAUGUUGUCAGAGGCCAUGCAAUGUACCUUUUUUGACCAUAUAGAUGACCGUAAGCUGGAUGCCAAAGGCUGUGCCUCAAAAAGUAAAAGUAUAGUUCUAUGAAGUUUACAUAACCUUCGCUGUGAAGUGCAUUUAAUAUAUUCCUUGGCUUUAAGCAGUAGGCUAUUUGUGCAACUCCCUAAUUAAUAACAAAACCAGAAACAUGGGGGUGGGUAAAAGGAGAUUGAGUUCAUUAUUACAGUGUUGACAAAAAGAGAUCUGGGCUUUCACCGGCCCUCUUUGUAUCAUUAUUUCUGAAUGCAGAUGAAUAGUUUUGAUCUUUCGAUUGCAUUUUUAGUGUGACGCUAUUGGUAAAUGAGGCCAGCGUUGUACAAACCAUUUUACUUUGGGUCCCUGUAGUGCAGUUAGGUAAGACAAGUGCAAAUCCUGGCAACUAUGUUUUUCUUAUCCCCCAUUUUAUUUAGAUUUAAUAAUAAAUUAAAUGGUUUCCACUACCUUAACCUCAGUCUUUGUGUGUAUGUAUGUAAACAUUUAUUGUUUUUACAUAAUGGCACAUGUAUGAAAUUAGAUUUUCUGCUUGUCAACAUUUUUGGUAAAUUAAAAAAUACAUUCCUCCAGGUUAAAUUAUGAUGGAUUAGGGUUAUAAUUUGUCAAUUUGCUUUGUCAUUGUUUUAAAAACAUCCAAGGUUUAAAUAAUUUGGUUAAAUUGCUCCGUUCUAUCUUUGUUUCUGUUUUAUUUGGUCAAUUAGUAAGUUUUCAGUUGACUGGCCAUUUGUUGAUUUGGUUGUGAUGAGGGAUGAAUGGAUGUCUUAACAAUUCCUCUGCUGAUGGUCGUUGUGUUGGAUCUCUGCAAAGAGUAAAAAGAGAGAGAAUGUUCUGCUGUUCUCAAACUGUUAACGGAUAAGUUAUACAAUUAUGCAGAUUUUUUUUUUCACUUUCUAACCACAAAAAAAAAAAAACGUUCUCAACUUUUGGGUGAAAUGCAAUAGCUUUGCGCAGUUAAUUUUCAUGAUAAAUAUUACUGUAAAUAUAUAGCUAAUUUUUUUUUGUUUGUUUUAGAAUAACUU